AUGAGCAUGUCGCGCGCCUCCCCAUUCAGCGCCCAGGGGCAAUCACCAGCAAAUGCGACCCAAGAUCGAUAUGCUCCGGAUCCUUACCUAUCAGCCGCAUCCGAUCCAGAGGAGAUCAUCUUUCAGACCAGCGCCAUUAGAUUAACACGAACGCCAUUGUGGGGGAGUCCUGGACACAUUGCGGGACCUGGCUCAUCCCCACACGAGGAUGUUCGGAUCGAUUCCACAAUUGAGGGCUAUUUGGACCCGAGAACAAAUGAUUAUACGGACCGAAGCACUUGUACCUCCCCCUUUUCUGAUGCAAGUGUCUUCGUGGAACCAAAAGACAUCGAACUGGCAAAUGCUUCGACCUGGCAAAAUGAAAAACUGCCAUCGUACAGCAUUGGGGAGGACAGCGUGCCUAUCGAUCCGGCAUGGGGUUCGUCCAUGGCACCUAAUGUUUUUCAGUGGAAGAGCUCUGACAACCGCCCGAACUCGAAUUCAUCAUCCACGCUGGCAGGUCUAGAACCUCAUAGCAAUGCUAGCACACAGCAACCAAUUCCCACCUCGUAUCAGUCUGGCCUCGUUGUUUUUGACGCAAGUGCCAAGCCAUUGGGACUCAGUGUCUUGACCAACGAGGUGUUGACCACCGAGCUGACGUCGAGUGCAACCAGGGGAAGAAGCCCCCUCGUCGAGAUUACAACCUUCACUCGAGGCGAUUCGCCCGAGGAACGUAGCACGUCACCCCAAGGAAUUUUCAGUCAGUCCUUCGCACACCUAUCUGCUAAUUCAAGCGAGCUACAAGUCGAAGAAGAUGGCGAUCGUCACUCGGUUUCGUCUGUUCCCAUGAAGCGAUCCAAGGACGGCGGAUGGAUUCCAAGCUCAUCAAUCCAUCUAGCCGGCAUUGAUUCAAGGUCCUGCGGAGACGAAUUCGUGCCAAGUCCUAACGACAUCCAUAUUCAGCGGGAAAGGAACGAGAAAAAUGAGAACAUUUCUCACUGGUCUGUUUCUGUGAGUGCAGCCAACAGUGACGCCGGUGGGGACUCGCCUAGUCCACCGCAUCCACGCCCACACCAAGUUCCCAGGAGAUCUCGAGCAAAGAGUACCGGGGAUCCCCCCUUGAAACAAGAAGAUUAUUUCAACCUGAAAUCUCGCACCCGAGACGCAUCAUUCCCUGGACCCGGGGCACUGGUUCACGAAAGCAGCGAUAACCUCAGCGAGGAUGAAGCAAGCAUUGGCACACAUUCCGACGAGCCCUCAGCUUAUGUAUAUGAACUUGGCAGAUAUGAUCGCAGCGCCCCUGAGGUCUAUUUACCUGUGUCACCGACUAAAGCCGAGGAAAGUAUCCAUCUUUACCCCUGGCAUGACCCCCCUCGCGAUUCGACACCUAGAUCGCAAGCGAUGCAGCCGGACAGCUCUACCGAAGCUAUGAUAGCCUUUAACAGACGUGUGCGGGAUCUCGAAACGGCAUCGCUCGCUGCAACAAUUGACAACAAUAGCAUCAUCAAUGUUGGUGCAGCUCUCGAAAACCUUUCCUGUGCCGAACAACCCAAGAAACGUACCAGUCUGUUCAAACGUCAAUUUCUGCAGGCAUCCUCGAUUCUGAAGCGACAAGCGUCGGACCUUUCCAUUGGCCAAUCUAAAAGCUACCCUGGGCUUUCGCGGCGUGAUGCAGAGGACUCACCGGCCAAGCCAAGCUUCUCACCACGAAAUGGCUUCUUGCAUCGUCGUCAUUCGCGGUCGCCAAGCCUGAGCAAUGCAAUUCUUUCAAUGACCAGUCAAAUGGCCGCUGUUGGGGGUAGUCAGCCUGUCCGAGCAGUGUCGUCUGCACCCUCACCGAAUCAGGAGAGGAGUUCUUUGAACAUCCAAUUCAAGGGCCGAGGUCGAAGCAGAAGCGAGCUCCCUCAGUCAAGUAACUCCGGGCUAAUGAAUCCUAUGACCGCUUACAGUGGACCACCGGUUCCAAACAUCACAUCGCCUCGAGUCAGUUCGGAUGCUGACCAAGCACCCACAAGUACACCUCUGGGCCCUGAAACCGGAGGCGCUGGAGUUGAGAAUGAUAUUGACACCAGCAACAAUGAUAACAACGAUGGCGUGGUUAUGGAUUUCCCUGCUGCUCAGAGCCUCCCAGUGUCAACAAUCGAAGGGUUCAAAUCGCAGAUCAUGCAGUUGAACCCAAGGCUUGAACCGGCUUUGAUUCACCGCCUAGCACGUGAGCAACACCGUCGAUACAAGAUCUUGAUUGAUUUGCAGCAGAAGCACUCUAUUGCAGCUGCCAACCACACGUGCAAGUCUGGCAGAUAUUGCACUGUUCAGGGAGGGCAACCCGCUCUGUUGCAGGACCCCAAGGCCUCCAACUCUCCCGAGGCAGGAUAUAUCCAGUUUCAAGUGAGAGGUUUCAGCCAUGGACAUGGGCAACAGCAUUCUCCAGGUGACGGCACGGGGGCCGCGGCACACUUCCCUCCCGGAGUGCCCCUUCCGCCAGUCACUCGUCUUCCCGCCCGGUUUGAGUGCCCCAUUUGCUUCGAAGUGAAAACGUUUCAUAGACCAUCCGACUGGUCUAAACAUGUUCAGGAAGAUGUGCAGCCAUUUACUUGCACAUUCCCCCAAUGCACCGAGCCUAAGUCAUUCAAGCGUAAAGCAGACUGGGUUCGGCAUGAGAACGAGAAACACCGGCACCUGGAGUGGUGGACGUGUACAUUCCCCGAGUGCGACCACAAAUGCUACCGCAAGGACAAUUUCGUUCAGCAUUUGGUGCGGGAACACAAAAUGCCAGAGCCCAAGAUCAAAAAGACGGGCCUAGCCUCUAGUACUAUGGAUGCUGAGGCUGUGCCGAAUAGCCGAAGGGAGCAAGAGCUUGAUCGCUUAUGGCAGAUGGUCGAAGAAUGUCGGCAUGACACCGCACAAACCCCCCAGCAAGAGCCAUGCCGCUUCUGCGGAAACGUCUGUAGUGAGUGGAGAAAGUUGUCAAUCCACCUUAGCAAACACCUGGAGCAACUAGCUCUGCCCGUUUUGCGAUUAGCGAAUCCGAGCAGCACUCCAAACCAUGUCGUCAACCCCAACCAAGUGGAGACGAAUCGCGGAUCAUCGGCCGCAACCCAUCCCUCUGUCGCGCUAUAUCACCCUAGACACGACGGACCCGAAACGGCCCCCACCCAUCUGCAGCGGCAAUAUGCGAUCGGAAACAAUAGCACGCCAACCAACCCUGCGUUCUCAAUCAACAACGUUCCGCUGACAAAUUACUCCACCAUCUCUGGCGGCGAACUUUCCAUGGAGCCUGAGUCGAUGACGGAUUCCCUUGCCUCGGAUCAGUUCUCAGCAUACACGCACACGACAGAUCAUUUUGGCCAAACUACGCACCAUUCCUCCCAGGCCCAGGCCGACCCCCUGCAUCAGAACUCAGUGACGUACCCACCGCCUUAUAACGCCGUUCCGAGAUCGAAAUCUUCGGAGGCAGAUCUCAUGCAGCCCUCGUUUUCUCUCUCUCAAUUUCUCCCCCAUCCCUCUCUAUACCCGGAUGAGAAUUACCCGGCUUGCCAACCCAUGGAGUAUAACAUCCCCUACACUUCUGCGACCUACUCUUCUAGAUGUCCCUCCCAAAUGUGA